GUUUCCAUGCCUAUGUCUUGGGCAGUAAAAGUAAUAAGAAAAGGUGGAAAUUUGCAUGAAUUUGAUUGAAUACAACGUAGGAGAGAGAAGUGCAUAUGGCAAUUCAUUGUCGGUUUGUCAGAACAAUGCACUUCGAAUAAAAUCUCUCAUCUCAAAAUUUCGUGCAGAGGGUAUCUGAUAUACCUGUGUGUAUAUAUCACAUUAGCAAACAACAAGGUUCACAGCCACAAGAGAAAAAAGCUUACAAUCAAGCUAACUUCAUACAAAGGGCAAGGUUAAGGUAAGCAAAUAUAACAUAUUUGUGUUUUUGCAGCUUUGAAAAUGAGCCUUGGAAGUAGAGGGAAGCUGAAAGACACGAGUUUCAGCACCUCAGCUGAAAGCAACAUGAACACAAACACUGUCAUCAAGAGAGACAAGAUACUUGCUCGGUACAGUGCAGAUGCUGAGAUUCUUGCAGAGUUUGAGCAAUCUGGUAUGUCUGGCAAAUCAUUUGACUACUCAAAGAUGGUUCUUGAUCCUCCCAGGUUAGUUUCUGAGGACAAAAUGAUUGCAUAUUUGUCAAAAAUUCAAAGGGGGGGCUUGGUCCAACCCUUUGGUUGUAUGCUUGCAAUUGAAGAACCCACUUUUAGAAUUAUUGGGUAUAGUGAGAAUUGCUCUUCAUUGUUGGGUUUGGAGAGGCAACUUGAUUCUAAGCAGUUCAUGAGUUUGAUUGGAGUUGAUGCAACAACCCUUUUCACUCCCCCUUCUGGGGCUUCCCUUGCAAAAGCUGUGGCUUCCAGAGAAAUUUCGCUUUUGAACCCCAUUUGGGUAUAUGCAAGGACCACUCAGAAGCCAUUUUAUGCCAUACUUCAUAGGAUUGAUGUUGGAGUUGUGAUUGAUUUGGAGCCGGCACGGUCAAGUGAUCCUGCAUUGUCACUUGCUGGGGCAGUUCAGUCACAGAAGCUGGCUGUUAGAGCAAUUUCAAGGCUGCAAUCUCUUCCUGGGGAAGAUAUCGGUCUGUUGUGUGACACGGUCGUUGAAGAAGUGCAGAAGCUUACAGGAUAUGACAGGGUUAUGGUUUAUAAGUUUCAUGAGGAUGAUCAUGGUGAGGUUGUAUCUGAGAUUAGGAGGUCAGAUUUGGAGCCUUACUUGGGUUUGCAUUAUCCUGCUACAGAUGUCCCUCAAGCUUCUCGCUUCUUGUUCAAACAAAACCGGGUCAGGAUGAUCUGUGAUUGCCAUGCAAAGCCUGUUAAAGUCAUUCAGAGUGAAGAAUUACGGCAACCUCUUUGCUUGGUGAACUCAACCCUUAGGUCACCGCAUGUUUGUCACACACAGUACAUGGCUAACAUGGGCUCAAUUGCCUCUCUGGUGAUGGCAAUUAUAGUCAAUGGAAAUGAUACAACAAGGCUUUGGGGUUUGCUAGUUUGCCAUCACACUUCGCCACGCUAUGUGCCUUUCCCGGUCCGCUACGCUUGUGAGUUCCUAAUGCAGGCUUUUGGAUUGCAGCUUUACAUGGAGAUUCAGUUAGCAUCACAGAUGGCAGAGAAAAGAAUUCUUAAAACACAAACCUUGCUGUGUGACAUGCUCCUGCGUGAUGCGCCAUUUGGUAUUGUGACUCAAUCCCCAAGUAUCAUGGAUAUUGUGAAGUGUGACGGGGCUGCUUUGUAUUAUGAUGGAAACUCUUGGUUGUUAGGCACAACUCCAACAGAAUCACAGGUGAAAGACAUUGCAGAAUGGCUUCUUAGUAAUCAUGGGGAUUCAACAGGUUUGACUACAGAUAGUUUGGCUGAUGCUGGUUAUCCUGGUGCUGCUUCACUUGGGGAUGCGGUUUGUGGCAUGGCCACGGCAAGAAUCAAUUCAAGACAUUUCCUGUUCUGGUUCAGGUCUCACACUGCUAAAGAAGUGAAAUGGGGAGGGGCCAAGCACCAUCCAGAGGAUAAGGAUGAUGGCGGGAAAAUGAACCCAAGGUCAUCAUUUAAAGCUUUUCUUGAAGUAGUCAAAAGCAAAAGUUUGCCUUGGGAAGUGUCAGAAAUCAAUGCUAUUCACUCAUUACAGCUAAUAAUAAGAGAUUCAUUCCAAGACACACAGAACACUGGUCCAAAGACUUUAAAUUAUAUACAGAAAAAUGACACUGCAAUAGGAGGGAUGGAUGAACUCAGUUCAGUAACACUUGAAAUGGUGAGAUUAAUUGAGACAGCAACAGUUCCAAUUUUCGGGGUUGAUUCAGGUGGCAUAAUCAAUGGAUGGAAUGAAAAAAUUGGUGAAUUGACAGGUCUGCAGGCCAGUGAAGCUAUGGGAAAAUCCCUAGUAAAUGAAGUUGUACAUGCCGACUCGUGUGAAGCGCUUAAAAAUAUUCUAACCAGAGCCAUGCAAGGUCAGGAGGACAAAAAUGUUGAGCUGAAACUGAAAAACUUUGGGCUUCAUCAACAAAAAGAAGUUGUAUAUCUCAUGGUUAAUGCCUGCACUAGUAGGGACUACACAAAUGCUAUUGUUGGGGUAUGUUUUGUAGGUCAAGACAUCACUUAUGAGAAAGUGGUUCUAGAUAAAUUCAUUAAGUUGGAAGGUGAUUACAAAGCUAUUAUACAAAGUCUCAAUCCAUUGAUACCACCCAUAUUUGCUUCUGAUGAGAAUGCUUGCUGCUCUGAGUGGAAUGCAGCCAUGGAAAGGUUAACUGGUUGGAAUAGAGAUGAAGUCAUAGGAAAAUUGCUUCCCAGUGAAAUCUUUGGAAGUUUUUGUCGAUUGAAAGGUCAAGAUACACUGACUAAUUUUAUGAUUUUACUCUAUCGAGGAAUAAGCGGUCAAGAUUCUGAGAAGUUACCAUUUGGAUUUUUUGAUAGAAAUGGAAAAUUUAUAGAGGCUUAUAUAACAGCAAACAAGAGGACCGAUGCAAGUGGGAAUAUGAUUGGCUGUUUCUGCUUCUUGCAGAUUGUAUCAUCAGAUUUGAAGCCACCCUCUGAAGGACACAGGCCUAAAGGCAGGGAAAACAUUUCCGAAUCAAAGGAGUUGGCUUAUAUACUACAAGAAAUGAAGAAUCCUCUAAAUGGUAUACGAUUCACACACAAACUUCUGGAAAAUACAACUAUCUCAGAGAGCCAGAAACAAUUUCUUGACACUAGUGAUGCAUGUGAAAGGCAAAUCAUGGCAAUUAUUGAGGAUACAGAUUUAGGAAGUAUAAAUGAAGGCAGCACUUUGCAGCUAAACAUGGAAGAAUUUGUUCUGGGAAAUAUUUUAGAUGCCAUUGUCAGUCAAGUCAUGAUGUUGAUAAGAGGAAAAAAUUUGCAGUUGUUUCAUGAAAUUCCUGAUGAAAUCAAAACUCUUGCUCUAUAUGGUGACCAAAUUAGGCUUCAGGUGGUUUUGUCUGAUUUUUUGCUUAAUGUAGUCAGCCACACACCAUCUCCAAAGGGCUGGGUAGAAAUCAAGAUUUCACCUGGUUUAAAGAUAAUACAGGACGGCAAUGAGUUUAUCCAUCUGAAAUUCAGGUAGAACACCAUAAUAUGUUCUGAAGAGCAUCUUUUGUGGAACUCCAUAUGCAAAUCUAGGGUCACAAAAGUGACCUAUUGAGGCAUAUUUAAACCUACUCUAUUACUCCACUAGAUAAUAGAAGACAAGAAAGCAUUUUUGCCAGCCAAAAGUAUAUUCCAUCUUUUCAUGAAAUGAAGGCAGGACACAUUCAACAACAAAGGAAGCCCACCAUUGAGUGCCAAGUAAAAUGUGCUAUCACACAUUUUAGGUGAUCUUUGUACUGACAGUUUCCAGACACUUGUAGUUAUGUUAAGCCUGUGCUUCCUUGUUACGUAAUGUCACCUAGAUGUUUCCCUUUAAUAUAUUAAGCCUUUUUCUCCUUUUUGUGGUUGGGAUUUUUUUUAAUGUGUUAGGAUCCAAUUGCAAGGUAUGUGACUUGAAUCAUACAUUGGAAGUAUGAGAUUUUAAUGUGAGGUUUAUAAGGCCUUGGACUUUUCAAUUUCAAUGUUCAGUCCAGACUAAUCAAAAGUGGCUAGUGCAUAGUUAACAGAGCAUGGUGAAAUGUUAGGAUCCAAUUUCAACUAGAGUCCCAUGUUAGAAGUAUGAGAUUCCAAUGUGGGGUUUAAGGAAUCCACUACACUGGAUAACUUUUGUGAUUGAUUCUUUUAAGGUUCUUAUCAUAAUGCUUCACUUUUAGACCCAUUGGCUGUCAUGACUAGCGUGCUAACGUAGGCCCAUUUCUUGAUAGCUUACGGGAGCUUUUUUUAUUGUAAAACCUUAUUGUCAAGACUUUCUAAGGCAAGAAUGCUGAUUGCUGACCUAUGUAGAGUUCAUAGGUACUUAUGGAGAAGUUACUUGAGAAAGGUUUUCAAAGAUUUGAGGUAUAAAAGUUAAUAUUAAUUUAUACAAGAGUUUGAUUAAUUUUACCAAUUGCAUUGAUUUUAUUUUCUUUUCAGUUUAUCAAAACUGAUUCUUACUCUAUUGCUUCUAGUCCUAUGAAGAUGUUUUUCUUCUACUAUUUGAAUAGUUGAUAGUAAUCAUUGGUAGAUGAACAUUGCUUUCUCUCACUUUAGAUGCUAAACAUUACUCAGGCCUAGUCCUAAUCUGGAAAGUUAACGCCUUAAAUACAACAUUCCUAAUAUCACCUACCUUUACAAAUGCAAGUAUGUCUAUACUCGUGAUUAUAUAACCAUUUCAUGGAAUAAUCAUUCUAGAAAUAGUGAGAUUUUUCUUCCAAGUGUUGUGAUGGUUACUUUGAAGACGACAUCUCAAUUAAAUUAUUAUGUGGACUAGAGGCUUAUUUUACAGUAUUCUUCAUGCAGAAUGACCCAUUCUGGUCAAGGUCUCCCUUCCAAUGUUCUUCAUGAUAUGUUUGAAGGAGGGAAUCAAUGGACUACGCAAGAAGGUCUAGGACUAUACAUGUCCCGGAAAAUCCUCAGUAGGAUGAAUGGUCAUGUCCACUAUGUAAGAGAACAAAAUAAGUGUUAUUUCCUCAUUGAUCUUGAAAUUAGAACAAGAAAAGAAAGGCAAAGAAAUUUGCAAGCAGAGGCAAGCAUGUUAAAUUAGCUUUCUUCUCUAAAUGCUUCUAUAAGCGGAAGGGGUAAGGAGGGUCAUUAGCAGCGAAGUUUGUAGUCUAUCUUUAUAGCUUGGCAGAUACAGUAAAUGCUCAUUUUGAUCCUAGGAUCGAUCUUAUAAUAGGCUAAAGGAAGUUUAUACUUGUGUAGGCAAAAUUUUAGCCAAUAUAUAUGCCUUUAUACUACAGCUUAAAUAUAUUACAGUAACAAGUACAGUAGAAUACUAAAAGGGGUUUUGAAUAUUGUAUGCCCCUUCUUC